AUGGCCAUGGAUAUUCCUGUCCACAUACUCGACGCGGUCUCCAUUUCAGACAUUUCACAGGCAUCGCCCCGCAUACCCGCCCUGGAUCUCAAAGCCCAUUCAUCGGCUGACGACGUCUCAUUCACCAGCCAUUCUGAUCAGGAGCAUGGUUAUCAGACCGACUUUACUACGCCCUCAUCUGCAGGAGACAUGCAGCCGGACGAGGUAGAGGACUUUAGAGAUCGCGAGUAUCCCCAGCUCAAAGGCAAGACUUACCUGGAUCAUGGAGGCACCACCCUGUAUGCCAAGUCAUUAAUCGAGGAGUUUUCUGCCGACAUGAUUGCCAAUCUCUACGGUAACCCACAUUCGGCAUCCACGCCUUCUGCCAUUGCAGGUCAUCGUGUGGAUAUGAUUCGCGAACGUGCUCUGCGUUUCUUCGGCGCCGACCCUGACCACUUCGACCUUGUGUUCGUUUCUAAUGCCACUGCUGCGAUCAAACUGGUCAUCGACUGCUUCAGGGACCACGCCGCCACCAGCAAUACUCCGGUCUGGUAUGGGUACCACAGAGACGCACAUACAUCGCUCGUGGGAGUACGGGAAUUGACGAGAAUGCACCGAUGUUUCACCAGCGACGAGGAAGUUGACAUCUGGAUCAACAGUGGCGGCUUGGGGGGUCCACGACCGAGACAGUUGGGAUUGUUUGCGUAUCCAGGCCAGUCCAACAUGACUGGGCGAAGGUUGCCGUUGAGCUGGCCUGGCCGCAUUCGCAAGUCGUUCCACAAGGCGGCGACCUAUACACUACUGGACGCUGCCGCACUGGCAAGUACGGCACCGCUCGAUCUGUCCGACCCUGCGACCGCUCCCGAUUUUGUAGCACUUUCGUUUUACAAAAUCUUUGGUUUCCCCAAUAUCGGUGCUCUACUCGUCCGCAAGGAGUCUGCACAUGUGCUCGAGAGUCGAAAGUUCUUUGGCGGUGGCACCGUAGAGAUGAUCAUCUCCAUCAACGACACGUGGCACGCCAAAAAGGAGACUUCCAUUCACGAUCGCCUUGAAGACGGAACCCUACCAUUUCACUCAAUAUUCGCGCUGGAUCACGCCAUGAAUGUUCAUGAACGACUGUACGGCCCGAACCCUAUGAAGUUCAUCUCCCAUCAUACAGCGCAAUUGGGAAAGCUGUUGUUCGAUGGAAUAUCUUCCCUACAUCACUCCAACGGCUUGCCUCUGUGUCGCAUCUACAAAGACGAAGCUGCGGUAUACGGCGACCCAUCAGUGCAGGGAGCUACAGUCGCCCUCAACGUACAGCACUCGGAUGGGGCUUUGAUCGGGUUUGAGGAGGUUGAAGAAGCCGCGGACGAACGAGGCAUCUACGUUCGAAGUGGCUCUCUUUGCAAUCCAGGUGGCGUGGCAACAUACUUGAACUGGUCACCUGCAGAAAUGAAAGCUGCCUAUGCCGCAGGGCACAGGUGUUCCAACCCUACCCAGAUCAUGCUCGGAAAGGCCACCGGUGUCGUGCGCGUCAGUCUGGGCGCCAUGAGUACGACUGCGGAUGUCUACACAUUUCUCGCAUUCCUCGAAGAUGUGUACAUCAGGCCAUCCAGCAAUGGUUUCGGCUCAGCAGCAUUCGUCUCGUCGACCCUUGCGGAUGACGCGUGGAGUGGCUCUGCGUACAAGUACACGCAGCUUCCAGCGCUCACAAUCCCACCCGGCCUCGUCUCAUCGKGCACAACUCCUAGCACGGUAGACACCAGAACAUGGGAGGUUGGUGUUACAGAAGAUGAGAAACCGAAGAAUCCGCCGUUCAAUCCUGCGGAGUACCUCAAAGCUAGGAAACCGUGGGAAGAGGAGAUGCGCAAGAACGCUGCCGCCUACGCCAUGGAAAUGAAAGUCCGCGAAAUCGAAGACUCAAGUACGCUUUCGAGAGGCGGAACUCCCAGCGUCAAGGCCCGCAAAUUCGGCCGGAGCGUUCUUGUCGAUAGGCCGCCAACACCAGACCCUGCUGCACAACCGUCCCCAGACAUGCAUUUACACACUGCCAACCACCACGCACACGCAGGAAAAUCUCGACCCGGCAGUAGUCGUGAUCGAAUGCACGCAUCUACCGUUGUUCAAUCGCUUGGGAUAUCCUGA